AUGGAGGGCAGCUUCACGGGGGGCGAGGAGCACCAGAAGAACCUCCUCCCCAGGGACUACCUGGCCACCUACUACAGCUUCGACAGGGGCCCCUCCCUCGAGGCUGAGAUGCUCAGGUUUAAUCUGGAGUGUCUCCACAAGAGCUUCGGACCGGGGGGCCUCCAAGGGGACACUCUGAUCGACAUCGACGGGCCUACCAUCUACCAAGUGCUUGCCGCCUGUGAGUCCUUCAGAGACAUCACUCUCUCCGACUUCACUGACCGCAACUGGGAGGAGCUGGAAAUGUGGCUGAAAAAGGAGCCAGGGGCCUACGACUGGACCCCGGUGCUGAGACUCGCCUGUGAGCUGGAAGGGAACAGGUAGGGCUCAGGGUGGCAGGAGAAAGAGGAGAAGGUGCGGGCUGUGGUAAAACGGGUGCUCAAGUGCGAUGCCAACCUGGGCAACCCGCUGGCUCCGGCGGUGCUGCCCCCCGCCGACUGUGUGCUCACCCUGCUGGCCAUGGAGUGUGCCUGCUGUAGCCUGGACGCCUACCGCGCCGCGCUCUGCAACCUCGCCUCGCUGCUCAAGCCGGGCGGCCACCUGGUGACCACGGUCACGCUGCGGCUCACGUCCUACAUGGUGGGGAAGCGUGAGUUCUCCUGCGUGGCCCUGGAGAAGGAGGAGGUGGAGCAGGCUGUCCUGGACGCUGGCUUUGACAUCGAGCAGUUCCUGCACAGUCCCACGUGCUACUCAGCCACCAAUGCUGCCAACGCAGGGGUCUGCUUCAUCGUGGCCCGUAAGAAACCUGGGCCCUGA